AUAAAGAAUGGUUCGAUCUAAUGGAAUCAAAUAUUAGUGAACCUAGUAAUCCAGAACCUCAAGCUUAUCAUUUUCUAGAUUUGGAUAUAGAAGUAUCUUGGCCAGUCUUAUUUCCAGAUGACGAAAAACAUCGUGCAAUUUGGCAGAAAGGAAUUCAGUAUGCAAAGGAUAUAUUUAAGGUAGAUGGAGCUGAAUAUGCUUUUUCAACCUGGUUUAUAGAUACUGAGGAACUUAAAUUAGAAGCUGGAAUGACCGAAGGGCGAGCCCAAGAAAUUUUGAAUACAAUCGAUAAUAGUGAGUUCUUAAUAAGGGUAAAAUUCAUUCGAGAUGAUUCUGUAUAUAGAGAUGAAUCUCAAGCAAAGAUCGCUUUUAAAAUUAUUGAUAAAUAUGAGCCUAUUUGUGAAUCAAAAAAGACAGGUAGAAAAUACGUCAGGGGUAGUCCAAAUGUUAUACUUACAAAGAAAACGAAGCCAGGAUUUUGGGUAGGAAUAGACGAAAAAUUUCUGGUUAGAGAAGUCAGUGAGCAGUCUGAG